ACGCUAUUUUGUAAUGUGUUAAAAAAUUAUUUUGGAGUACAGUUAAAAAACAACGGUUUGGAUAGAUUCGAAAUUGCCGCCUCGUCUAUCGAUAAACAGUUUCUAUCGGAUAUCGCAAUCAGCUGUUUUCAUCACCACUUAGCCAGGGACUUUUAUUUAAGUUUGACAUAACAUUUUGAACAAUAACAAUGCAAAUAAUAAAGAAUUUCAGCAGUAAAUUACUUAGACACAAAUACCUGUGCCAGCCGAGACUCCAUUCCCUUUACUACAGCACUGUCAAAGAUGCGGAUAAGCAAAAGGAUCUUCCGCUGGCGUCGGGUUAUCAGCCUAAAAUUGUGGAAGACGCCUACUGGGAGCGAGAGCAUCGACAUGACAACUUGCCGAAAAUUGGGGGCCAGCGGUGUAAGCGAGGAACAUACCGCAUGCUGCUUCCCCCUCCGAAUGUCACAGGAAACCUGCAUCUGGGACACGCACUGAUGGCCACCGUUCAAGAUGUCAUUGCCCGCCAGCAGAGUCAGUUGGGCUAUCAGGUAGACUGGGUGCCAGGCACGGAUCAUGCUGGCAUAGCUACCCAGGUGGUAGUGGAGCGCACCGUUGCGGCUGCGCAAGGAAAAACUCGUCAGGAACUGGGUCGCUCUGCCUUCCUGAACGAGGUGUGGCGAUGGAAGGCUGAAAAAGGCGCUGGCAUCGCCGAUGAUCUCAGAAAGCUUGGUUGCACCCUUAAUUGGCAGCGGGAGUACUUCACAAUGGACAAGCAGCAGGCUCAUGCCGUGAACGUGGCUUUUGAAAGGCUAUUCGAAGAGGGUCUCAUUCGACGGCGCAACUCGUUGGUCAACUGGUCCACCCAUCUACGCUCCGCCAUCUCUGAUAUUGAGGUGGAGUUAAUGGAUAUCAAGGAGCCAGUUGAGAUCUCGGUCCCUGGCUAUGAGAAAACCAUUCUGUUUGGUCGAAUCUUCGACUUUGCUUAUACCGUAGUGGAUGGUGAAAAGUUGGAGGAUGGGUCCACUGAGGAGAUUGUAGUAUCCACCACACGACCGGAGACCAUUUUGGGCGAUGUAGCCGUGGCUGUCCAUCCCUUAGAUCCGCGUUAUGCUAAGUAUCGUAACCGCGGGGAGGUGAAGCUGAAGCAUCCCUUUCGACAGGACACCAUUCCCCUGGUUUUUGACAUAUUCGUGGAUCAGGAAUUUGGAACUGGCGCCGUAAAGAUUACCCCCGCUCACGAUAAGUUCGAUUUCGAGCUAGCAACGCGCCACAAGCUGGAACCGCGCCAGGUUUUCACCGAGACCGGCCAUGUGGUGGAAGAGUUCCCGGAGUUCAAAGGAAAGGCACGCUUCGAAGUUCGAGACUUGAUUGUCGACAAAUUGGAGGACUUGGAUCUGCUGCGAGAGGUGCGCGCCCACAGUAUGCAGCUGCCGGUCUGUUCCCGCUCCAAAGACGUUAUUGAGUACAUGAUUGUGCCGCAAUGGUUUCUCAAGUGUAAAGAUAUGGCCAAGGAUGCCCUUUCGGAGCUCCACAGUGGCCGGCUACAAAUUCUGCCCAAUAGCUUUGACGGGGAGUGGGAACGAUGGCUUGAAGACUGCCGGGACUGGUGCAUUUCACGACAACUGUGGUGGGGCCAUCAAAUACCUGCCUACCACAUCACGGAUUCCAAAGGCACAAGUCACUGGGUGGCAGCUCUUAAUGAAAAGGCGGCCCGCGAGAAGGCAGUUAAACUGAUGGGCAGCGAAGACUUCGAAAUAACCCAGGAUCCUGAUGUGCUAGACACUUGGUUUUCCUCGUCGCUGUUGCCGUUUUCCGUUGCCGGGUGGCCAGACGAAAAAUACAGGGAAAGAUAUCCCUUGGACCUCAUGCAAACGGGUCACGAUAUCCUGUUCUUUUGGGUUGCCCGAAUGAUGAUGAUGGGUUUGAAACUGACUGGCCAGGCGCCUUUCCAGCGCAUUCUCCUCAACGGCAUUGUGUGCGACGCUCAAGGCAGGAAGAUGUCCAAGAGCUUGGGCAACAUUGUGGCGCCGCAACAGGUGGUACAAGGUGCCAGCUUGGAGACUCUAACAAAGGGCCUGCAGGAAUCCCAUGAUGCGGGCAUCAUAAAGAGCACUGAGCUUAAGACUUCGACAGAAGGAAUGACAAAGAUGUUUCCCAACGGCAUCCAGGAGUGUGGCACUGAUGCUCUGAGAUUCACCCUGCUUAGCCACAACAUCAAGAACCACUUUAUCAGUUUCGAUGUCAAUGCCUGCUACACCAACAAAUUGUUUCUCAACAAGAUCUGGCAGGCUCUCAGGUUCACCAUGGGCUCUGCCAAAGGGUUAGGUAUUACUCUGGACCAGUUCGAGAGCCUACAAGGGGUAAACCUAAGCCUAUGGGAUCAAUGGAUCAUUGGGCGUUUGGCGGAGACUUUGGCCAUUUGUUCGGAGAGCUACAACACCUACAACUUCCAUUUGGCCACAGCCGCCUUGAAGACCUUCUUCUAUCAAAACUUAUGUGAUACUUAUCUGGAGACUACGAAGACGGCUAUAGCUAACCGUACCCCCGACGCGUUCAUCCAUGUGGGCACCUUGACCGCCUGCCUCAGUUGGGGUCUGCAGGCUAUGGCUCCGUUCACACCCUUUGUGGCCUCCGAGCUGCUGCAGCACAUUCCGUUGAACAUCGAGCUGAAGCUAUCAGAGUACCGAGACGCCACGCUGGAGGAGGAGGUCAACGAAAUCGUAAACAUCUGCCAGAGUGUGCGCCAAGUGAAGAGUCGCAACCAGAUUAGCAAGCGACACAAACCCCAGCUGAGUCUCUUUGCCCAGAAUCUGGAGGCGGAGGAAGUGCUGCGCCGCCACCUGCCACAGAUCAAGGUUCUUACCCGCUGCAAUGACGUGGAGCUGCAACUGCUUGACGAGGACUCGAAAUUCUCAAAGAAACUGAACUUUUUCUCGACGGCUGGCCCGUUGUGCUCGUUCGGCUUGAGGAUUUCCGAUGAGGUGGCCGUUCCCAAGGAGAAGCUCAACGAAAUGCAGAAAGCCAAUCACAAGAAACUGAAAAAGCUGGUGACCGAACUUCAAAGGUAUCGGAUGCGUCUGGACAACGAAGCCUUCCAGAUGCUGGCUGACAAGUCCAUCAAGCAGCAUUUCGAGAAUAAGGUGAAAGAACUGGAAGCCGAGAUCAGUGUUCUAACUGAAAUGGCAGCGUGAUCCUGAUUAUCUAAAUUAGUCAUUGUUAUGUUUAAAUCGCAAAAGUCCCCUGUGUUUUUUAUUAAAAUAAAAGACUGCAAUAUUUGUUA